AUGAAGUGUGCUUUGGUCUGCACACUCCUCCUUGCCGCCGUUGCCAACGUCGCCGCCCAAAACGAGCCCGUCCCUACCGGGUUUGUCGUGUUCGACCAUGGCCUCGCUGUGUCGACCCCUGUUGAGUCGGCCGCCGUCGAAUCUGCCGAAUCCACGAGCCUCGUCGGCAUUGUCCAAGACUUUGAGAAGCUUGUGCGCAACGGAAUGCAAGACUUCAAGACCAUCACGAGCUUGGUCCAGUUGAUUCGAACCAUCGCCACGACGGGGCUCAACGUCGACAACGGCCUGCAAUUCGUCACGGCCAUCCAAAACGCCAUCCAGACUGGCGUUCUCCGCGUAAAGGACGGCAAGGACCUGUUGAAAGAUAUCAAGGACAUCGUCGCCCAUGGAAAAGUCGCCGGUCCCCAAGCGGCGGAAUGA